AUGAAACUCCCCCCGAUCGCUGUAGCCUGCCUCUCGGCCCUCGCCAUCGACUCCUGCUCCAACAUCAUCGCGCAACGCCUAAAAGCAUGGAACGAAUCGAAGCCUUUCGUCUUCGACCGCGUGCUGUUCACGCAAUUCGCCAUCAUGGUCGUGCUGACCGCGCCAAUAAACUACCACUGGCAGAACUGGCUCGAGCGCGCGUUUCCGGGGUGGAAGACUGUGAAACAGAGGCGGGAGAUGGGGGUGGGUGAGGAGGAGAAGGGGAUCAUGCUGAAGGAGGAUGGAGAGGAUAAGAAGAUGAUUGAGGAGGAGGUCUGGGUGAGGAGCUGGCUUAACAUUUUUAAGAAAUGGUUUACAGAUUGCAUCACGAUGGGGGCGUUGUUGAACCAGUCCAUGUUCUUGAUCAUAAUCGGACUGCUAAAGGGCAAGACGGCGGGGUUGAUCAUUCAAGAUUUUCGAAACGAGUUGUUCGGUCUGAUUUUCGAUUCCUACAAAGUGUGGCCCAUUGCCAAUUUUUUCAGCACUACAUUCAUUCCCGUGGAACGACGCAUCGUCUUUCUCAGCUUCUGCGGCUUGCUGUGGAAUAUAUACUUGUCCCUCGUCGCAGCACGACUGUAG